AUGGGGUGCUCAAACGCAUGUCCUGCAAUUUUAAGAAUCAACAGAUGGGCAAUCAUUAUCGUUUCGGCUUUCUCCCUCUUCGCUUUGACCCUCUUCGUAAUUAAGAAAACUUCAACAGAGUGUCCCUACAUCAAAGACAAAAAGAUGCACUACUACUUCUACGCAACAAUCGCCGCUGGACUCUUCACGCUUGCUGCUUUCUGCAUCGGGCGGUGCAUCCAAAUGCGCAAGAAUAACAGCAGUAACAAGUCUCAUUGGCAGUUCAAAUUCAACAUUCCUGCUCUUUGCUUGAACAUAGCCCCGUUAAUUUUCGGUAUUUACGUUCUGGCCUCGGCUGAGGGCGAGCGUACUUCGGAACUCGACAAAAACCACGCAUAUCCAGAGAAUUAUUGCUACCCUCUCAUGUGGAAAGCGUUCCUCGCCGCAAUCAUAACCUCAUCAAUAUUCCUCGCCUACUGCUUCGUCGAAAUCCUCAUUAUUCGCUGUUGCCUCUGGGACGUGGCCGACAAAAACGAUCCUUCUCGUGAGAAUCUGCGGAUGAGCUACCGCCAUACGAAACCGAAAAAGACGAGUUCGUCUCGUUUAGCCGGACACUCUCGCUCUGGACGAAAUAAUUAUCAUCGAGGCUCUGCUCAUGAUCCUUUUGGCACCGCUCACUAG